AUGGAGAGCAACGAGGAUUUAGUAUACAAGCUGGGUAUGAAAGCUAAAAAAAUCGUAGAAAAUGGUAAGGGAAUAUUAGCUGCAGAUGAGAGUCCAAAUAGCAUUCAAGGAAAAUUUUUGAAGUGUGGAAUAGAAAACACUGAGGAGAGUAGAAGAAAGUUCCGAGAACUUCUAUUCAGUACCAGAGGUAUGUCUGAAAAGGUAGGUGGUGUUAUAUUACACGAAGAGACAUUUUUUCAGAAGAAUUCUGAGGGCGUUCCAUUUGUUGAUUUGUUGAUCUCCCAGGGUAUAGCUCCAGGCAUUAAGCUUGACAAAGGUCUUGAGAAUUUUGAUAAUCAAGAAAAAGUUUCGAUUGGCCUUGAAGACCUGGAAAAGAGACUUAAAGGUGGUAGGUUUGCCAAAGCUGAGUUUGCUAAGUGGAGGGCAGUCUUCAACAUUACAGACAGUACACCAAGUGAGGAGUGUAUAAGAAAAAAUUGCAUGAUACUAGCUAAAUAUGCUAGUAUAUGCCAAAAGAAUGGGUUACUUCCAAUUGUGGAACCAGAAAUUCUCUAUGAAGGCAAACAUGCAAUUGAGGAGUGUUACAGAACAUCAAAUACUAUUUUAGGUGCCACAAUGAUGUAUCUUAACGUUUAUAAAGUAAAUGUCCAAGGUGUUCUAAUAAAACCAAGCUUUGUUACACAAGGGAGGUAUAAUAACUCCCCAAUAGCACACCACGAUGUAUCUCAUUAUACUUUUCUCUCCCUUUUAAACACAAUUCCUUGUGGGGUACCUGGCAUUGUUUUUUUGAGUGGUGGACACUCUUCGGAAGAUUCCAUGAAAUUUCUCAACGAAAUAAACAGAGAAACGGGAAAUAGAACCUGGAAGAUGAGUUUCAGCUACGGAAGAGCCUUAACAGAAUCACCAAUGGAAGUAUGGAAAGGUAAGGAUGAGAAUAUUAAAGAGGCGCAAAGAUCAUUUUAUGAAAAUUUAGAGAAGGCUCACCUGGCAGCAAAAGGAGAAUUAAAUAAAUGA